CUUCUCGAGGCCCCGAGCGCGGACACCCCCAAAUCCCCGGAACCCUAGUGAAGAGAAGGCUCGAGUUCUACAUGGCGACGACGAGCGAGUCCACCGCCAACUCCACCGUAACGAGCGCGACGGCCGACGGAGGCACAGAGCGUGAGCAAGAGCACGGCAAUGCCGCGACUGCCGCCCCUGCCGUGGUGCAGCAGGAGGAGGAGGGGGAAGAGUUGAUCGGUCCGGGCCCCGCGCCGGCGCGGCAGCGGCAGAAGCGCCCGCUCCAGUUCGAGCAGGCUUUCCUCGACGCCCUCCCCUCCGCCGCCAUGUACGAGAAGAGUUAUAUGCAUAGGGACGUCGUCACGCACGUCGCCGUUUCCCCCGCUGACUUCUUCAUUACCGGGAGCGCAGAUGGACAUCUGAAAUUCUGGAAGAAGAAGCCCAGUGGAAUCGAAUUUGCUAAACAUUUUCGGUCUCAUCUCAGUCCUAUCGAAGGCUUAGCUGUCAGUGUUGAUGGCUUACUUUGCUGCACGAUCUCUAACGACCGGUCUGUCAAGAUAUAUGAUGUUGUAAACUAUGACAUGAUGUUCAUGAUGCGCCUCCCGUUUGUCCCUGGGGCGAUUGAGUGGGUUUAUCGGCAGGGUGAUGUUAAACCGAAACUUGCUGUUAGUGACCGGAAUACAUCUUAUGUUCACAUAUAUGACACUCAUUCUGGUUCAAAUGAUCCCAUCAUCUCCAAAGAGAUUCAUGCUGGCCCUGUAAAAGUUAUGAAAUAUAACCAUGCCCAGGAUGUUGUGAUAUCUGCUGAUGCCAAAGGACUCUUGGAGUAUUGGUCUCCAUCUACCCUUAAGUUUCCAGAGGAUGCGGUGAAUUUUCGUUUAAAAACAGAUACAAAUCUAUUUGAACUUGCAAAAUGCAAGACUAGUGUGUCUGCCAUUGAGGUGAGCAACGAUGGCACUCAAUUUGUGGUCACGUCCCCUGACCGCAGGAUAAGGGUAUUUUGGUUCAAAACUGGUAAGUUAAGACGCGUGUAUGAUGAGUCCCUUGAGGUGGCACAAGAUCUUCAGAAAAGUGAUGUUCCGUUGUAUCAUCUUGAUGCUAUUGAUUUUGGGAGAAGAAUGGCUGUCGAGAAGGAAAUAGAAAAGACAGAAAAUGUUCCUCAACCUAAUGCUGUAUUCGAUGAGAGCUGCAACUUCCUUAUUUAUGCCACCCUUUUGGGCAUAAAGGUUGUAAAUUUGCACACAAAUAAGGUUCCCCGUAUCCUGGGGAAGGUAGAGAACAAUGAGAGGUUUCUGAGAAUUGCUCUAUACCAAGGCGACAAAGGCAACAAGAAGGUUAGGAAAAUCCCUUCAAUAGCUGCUAAUGUCAAUGACACGAAGGAGCCUUUGUCAGACCCUACUCUGUUAUGUUGUGCCUUCAAGAAACACCGAAUAUAUACCUUUAGUCGUAGAGAACCUGAAGAGCCUGAAGAUGCCACUAAGGGUAGGGAUGUUUUCAAUGAAAAACCCCCACCAGAAGAACUUUUGUCUGUAUCAGAAUUAGGGAAGACUGCUACAACAUCACUACCUGACAAUUUGGUGUUUCAUACUUCAAUGGGUGAUAUUCACUUGAGACUAUAUCCAGAAGAGUGUCCAAAAACUGUGGAAAAUUUCACUACUCACUGCCGAAAUGGUUAUUAUGAUAAUCUCAUAUUUCAUCGCGUAAUUAAAGGAUUCAUGGUCCAGACUGGGGAUCCUUUGGGGGAUGGUACUGGUGGGCAAUCAAUCUGGGGCAGGGAGUUUGAAGAUGAAUUCCACAAAAGCUUGAGACAUGACAGGCCAUUUACACUUUCAAUGGCUAACGCGGGACCAAAUACUAAUGGUUCUCAAUUCUUUAUCACCACUGUGGCUACUCCAUGGCUAGAUAACAAACAUACAGUGUUUGGUAGAGUUGUGAAAGGGAUGGAUGUUGUUCAGCAAAUUGAGAAGGUCAAGACGGACAAGAAUGACAAGCCAUAUCAGGAUGUGAAGAUCUUGAAUGUUACAGUUCCCAAGACAUAAGCUCCUGUUUAAUCAAUUGGGUUGCUACAUCACGGGCCUUAUGAUGAUUUGCUGACCUGUUUUACGAUAAAUGGGCUCUCCUCAAUUCUCCCAGGAGAGGUGUUGUUUUCUGCUGUGGUGCUUGGAGUUUGGCCUUCUUCAGCAGAGGGAGCAGGACCAAUGCAACUUGUGUCUUGGGUAAUGUCUGCGGUACGAAAGCAACAGUGAGCCUUUGAACGAGAAGCAUGGAUCAAAAGCAAACCAUAACAUUUUUCUCUGUCGACAGAAUUAUCUCCCAACGUUAGUAGGGGAAAGCUAACAGAUGUUCCCAAUUUUUUCACGGGUUAAGCUUGUAACUUGAUGAGAAUGGUCAAUGGAAAAUAUUUGAUAGUAAUAAAUUCCAUUUAUUGUAUUUAUAUAUUGCUUAA